AUGUCCUCCAAUGUCUUGUCACUUUCCAACAAUACCAAAAGCACCCAAAUACUUUACUACACCUAUCUUCUCCUUCACAAAAAUGGGACCGUACUCCCUCUCGUUUCAGCAGCUGAUCUUCCAUCGACAAUCACGGUGCUUCCACCAACCGGACCCGGAACAAUAUCUCUGCUUCAGGAAAUCUCUCACCCAAGAUUUGCACCAGAGGUAUUGGAAACUACGCCGGCGCCAGCGGUAGCAUUUACACCGCAAAAUCCCCAUGGAUUGGUUCAGUAUCAGGGCCAAGGCAGAGAAACCCAAUCUUCGGGUUGUGAGAAAUCUGCCACUACCCCUGCAGGUAUAUUAUACUCUAAGAAGAGGAUGAAGGUGACGAUGGGUGCCAUAAAGCUCGGCCUUGCGCUUACUUCCAGAGAAGGAUUGGCUGCAGGCGUGGGAAAGACUGUUUCUACAUUCACGCCCCUCCCACGGAGAAAGUGCACAAAGACACUAGAGACGGCUCAACCAGUGAGUAUUGGGGGUAAAUGGAGGAGAGAAGAGAGUGAGGAGGUCGUAGCUGAAAAAGAAGAGAAUGAGGAAGAGUGUAAUAAUGAAGUUAGAGAUAAAAAGGACUCGCCGACACCACCACAACACAUCAAAACGCAUUGUACCUUCUUCUUGCGAUUCGGCGAAUGUGACUACUGGCCUACUUGUAAAUUCUCACACGAGCGGCCCGAAGGAAGCUGGAGAUCAAGCAGUAGGAAGCUUACGACGACAUUUCCUCAGAGAAGAUCGGGAAGUAAUUCUAUUUCUGGCUCUGAGCUAUAUGAAGAGAAGCCGAGGGAGGUAAGAGUGGGGAAGUUGAUCUCGUAUUGA